CGGCGGCGGCGGCACGCCCCUGGGCGGGGGCGGUGCCGGGGCGGGCCCCGGGUGGAGUCCGCCCCGCCGGCGGCGUGGGGCAGCGGGAGACCAGGCCGAGCCGCGGCCGGAGGGCGUCCCCCGCCCGGACCGGGCCCACUCGUGAGCGGGGCGCCGCCGCAAAAUGGCGGCCGCGAUCGCGAGGCUGCGCCCAGCGAAAUGGCGGGAGCGCCGAGGGCCCGGAUGCAGUGGCGCAGGGCGCGCGCGGGGCGCAUGCGCGCGGCGGGGGCGGGCCCGGGGCGGGGCCCUGUUCCCCGUGCCCCCGGUCCCCGUGCCCCCGCUGCCGGUGUCCCCCCUCCCCGGUGCCCCCGCUCCCCGUGUCCCCAUUGUCCCGCGGUAGCUGGCCGAGGGGACCGCCGCCCCACGUCCCGGCGGAUCUGAUCAGGGUCGCGGCACCGGCACCCCAUCUGACCUGUGUCCCCGGAUCCGUUGGGCGGAGGGUUUCCCCGCCCACGGAAGGUUCUCUAAGUCAGCACCCCAGUCCCACCCCCGCCCCAGUGGACCAAGCACUGCACCCCCCCCCACGCGCCCCGCUUCCCGAUGGUCAGGCUGUGAGCGCGCCCCUCGGCACGGGGACCGUGGUGGCCGGUGUCUCCUUGGGUGUCCAGCCCUGCACCUCCCCCCUUAGCCGAGGUUUGGGGGCGGCGCGGGGUGUGGCCCUCGUCUCGGGGGGCGGGGCCCCGAGUGACAGGCCGGUUCCGGGCUGGUUGGAGCCGGCUCCCGGGUUGGGGAUUCGGCGCGAUCCAGGGAAGAAGGCCGUUCUUGGGGUCCUCGCCUCGAGUGGGGGAGGCUGGCGUGGAGGGAGGGAGCCUGCGGGGAGGGCGCGCCCGCGGGUAGGGUCUCAGGGGUCCCCGCGCCCGCAGGCCGCCAUGGCGUCGGACGAGGGCAAGCUGUUCGUCGGGGGGCUGAGCUUCGACACCAACGAGCAGUCGCUGGAGCAGGUUUUCUCCAAGUACGGGCAGAUCUCGGAAGUGGUGGUCGUCAAGGACAGGGAGACCCAGCGAUCGCGGGGUUUUGGCUUUGUCACCUUUGAGAACAUCGACGACGCCAAGGACGCCAUGAUGGCCAUGAACGGGAAGUCCGUGGACGGGCGGCAGAUCCGCGUGGACCAGGCGGGCAAGUCGUCGGACAGCCGCUCCCGGGGCUACCGCGGCGGCUCUGCCGGGGGCCGCGGCUUCUUCCGCGGGGGCCGAGGCCGGGGCCGCGGGUUCUCGAGAGGCGGCGGGGACCGAGGCUACGGCGGGAGCCGCUUCGAAUCGAGGAGCGGGGGCUACGGGGGCUCCCGGGACUACUACGGCAGCCGGAGUCAGGGCGGCGGCUACGGUGACCGGAGCUCGGGCGGGUCCUACAGAGACAGCUACGACAGCUACGCUACACACAGCGAGUAAGGCCUGCUGCUCGAGAUCGUGCCGCUGGCUGUGUCCCUAACGAUUGUGGGAGCUUCGCUGAGCCGUUGACGUGUAGUGACCACACUCCCCGACCCCACUUUUGUAGUUCUCCGUCCCAUCUUGUCAGACGCAGCCUGACCGCUCCUGACCCCCGGACGGCUUCGUCACUAGACUUUUCUCUUUAAGGAAGUGCUGUCCGUUUUUGAGGUUUUUAAGAACGUUUUGAAAAGCACUUCAGGGUUUGCUUUUUUCUUCUCCCGUGAGCCAGGAGCUUCUAGAAGAUGGCUGGGGGUCGUGUGGGUUUUUUGGUUGUGUUGCCUUCUUGGUUUCUCUUUUCCGUGGGGUCGGCCCGUGAACAGGGAGCCCCGCUUUGCUUCCCCUUGAGAUCGAACGGACUCGGAAUCCGCUCUGGUCGGGAGCUGAGGAGCGGAGGCUUUUCCCCCUCCGUGUCCGUGUCCGAGGGGAGCGCGGUAGGACCGGCCCGGGGCGCCCCGAGCGCCCGGCUGCCCAGGCCCCGCACCCCCGCGGCCGGCGGUCGUCCCUGGCGAGGCCCUGGGCAUGUUUAUUUAUAUCGUCCUUUUUUACCGGAAGACGUGUGCGCAUCCGUCGCUGUUGUAUUGAAGUGGUUGAGGAAUCCUUGUACGCAGUUUCUUUGGCUUCACGAAGCCGAUUAAAAGACCGUCUGAAACGAA